AUGGGUUUUUUUUGCCCUACCUGCCCACAACCAGGAGUCAACCUUCCUGAUGACUGGAACAAAAACCCCAAUGAUCCUACUAACUGGAAGUAUACCAGAGGAUUUGUAGCCGAUGGCAAUUUCACAGCAGCCCACCAAAAACAGGCACAGCCCAAAGACGAUGUUUGGCUUAAAAAUGGGGAUAGUUUCAUGACGCAAAGAGGACCUUAUUUGAGCCACCUUCGGGACGCGAUUGAAGAUAAUGAUCUGAGGACAUGUCAUGAGCACAAUGCUAUCAACAACAAGAAUGUAUUUCACCGAGGUUUUGACGCUACUGGAAUUGGAGCCAUUGCUUGCCUUCGACAUGGCACCUUUUGUCCGGGUUCGGUGGUAGAUUUUCAAAAGGGAGAAAGGCAAAUGAACAUGGACUAUGCCUUGUGCCAGGCUCUGAAGAAUACCAUGACCAGUGAAGAAAAAAGGGUUAUUUUUGUCUAUGACAUCAACUGCCAGUAUAUGGUGAAUUUGAUGGCUUGGAUAAAAUGUGGUGCGAAACACCUCUGGAUCAGACCAGACUUGUUAUUGGUAGCCGGGAUCGGCUUAUUCCAUGUCCAUGGCCAUCAAGAAAUAUGCUUUCCAUGA